GUUCCUAUUUAUUCUUUCAAGUACAUCUAUCUAUCUACAUUAUUAGAUAGAUAAACCUACCCAAGUUUUUUUUUUUGAGCAUACUAAGGUUACUACAUUUGACUCAAGUAAACGGCUUACGGUUUGACGCUGUAUAUUAGUUUUUUGUUUCGACAUAACUCAGAGUAAAAAAAUUAAAGCACAUAUACACAUUGGAAUAGAAGAUACAAAUCGUGCGGAUAUUGUUCCUUCUCAACUCUCUUUAAGUAUAAGCGUUGUUAUUCUUUAGGUUAAGCGCGUUUAAUAAAGUUUUAAAAAAGUAAGGAUAACUAAGUUUUCUCUACAUUAACUGCUUAGCUGUUUUUUUUUACUGUUGAGUAGAGAUAACAAUUUAUCAAGGCUAAGGACUCAUUACAUAGAGAUAUUAAAGAAAAAUGUUUCGCGUUUUUUCUGGUAGUUGUCUAACCCUGGAGGAUAUGGAAACUGUGGUAAGACAUAAUUUAGUUGAACGACCUCACAUUCUGGGCCCCGGAGCAGACUAUUUCACUAAUGACGGAGAACCGCUUCGGCCUCAACCCGAAGCUCAUACCCUCCAAAAGGUAUUUUCUGGCAGUGCGUUGGAUCUAAAUGCGUUUGGGGGCGAUACCUACUCUGACGAGGAGCAAGGUGGACCACUACGAACCGUAAAUGGUCAACUAUCUCGUCAGCAACUACCGGUGAGCACCAUUCUCAACCAACUUAGCACCGAGACGGCAAAAGAGCGUGUGAAGAGUGUCAAAACAAGAACCAACGUCUUGGUAAUAUCUGAAAACGGGUACCUUGGGUCCCAUGUCGUAGCGAAGCUUCUGAAGGCAGAUUACAGCGUUCGCUUGGCGACCUCAAACCCCGUUACCCAGCAGCAGCAAGCCGAAUUUUACAAAGUGAUGAGCGUCGAUGUGCUAUCUCGUCUUUCUAUAGCAAAUGUUAAUAUCAAUAAUUCGAUCGCGUUGCGGGACGUAAUCAGAGGCUGCCGGUAUAUUAUUCACUGCGGGUGCUCCAACGCAGCGGUGGAUAAGAAUAAAGGACCGGUAACCACUCAUAUGGAGGCUAUCCAAGCUCUGUUUGACGGUAUUCGUCUUGCUGGUAAGGCCUCGGUAAAGCGCGUUGUUCUCACCGGUGCCGCCACCUCUGUUUUUCACAUCCGCGAUCCCCUGCCGUCUUCUGGGAAAUUAGAUGAAAGGUGCUGGAACACGAUAGCUAAUUCAGAGACGGACCCCAUCCCAUACGCCAAGAUCGUCUUUGAAAAGGAAGCGUGGAGGCUACGUCAGAUGUUAGGAGUGGAGUUAGUAGUAUUGCUGCCUUCGAGCACAAUCGGCCCGAGUCGAACUGAGGAGACCAGUGAUGCGAUGAUGAUGAUUCAAGGAUUGGCCAACGCUCCCUCAUAUUUUCCAUUUUGUCCUAAACUGUAUUGGAACUACGUCGACGUUUGUGAUGUGGCUGAGGCGCAUGUGCGCGCGAUGGAGUCACCAGAGGCAAAAGAUCAGCGAAUCAUCAUUUCGAAUGCCUGUCUAAGCCUGGCGGAGGUUAGCAGAAUUAUCAAAAAGCAGUACCCCCACCUGAACCCACCUACGCGCUCAGCAAAUAAGUUACUGACGUUGUUGAUUUAUGCACCCCAAAGUGUGAACUUACGUUUUUUGUGGAGAAAUCUGGGGGAGCGUAAGCCCCUGGAUAAUCGUCGUGCGAUUGAAGAGCUUGGAAUGCAAUUUACCGACAUAGAAAAGACCAUUGGGGCAUGUGUAGAGGAACUAAUGGCUGCCAAAUUGGUUCCCACACCAAAUGAAACCCCAAAAAAAUCCAUUGUUAAGCUGGCCUUGGUUGCUUUGGGAAUGACUGGCCUUGUUGGAGUUUUAGGUUUGACGUUACUAAGAAAGCAAAGACAAUGA